AGCAGUUGAAGGUAAAAAGAAGCAAGCGGGAGAAACAGGAUGCCGUGGCGGCUCACUGACCCUUUGUUAGGCAAUGAAUGAUGUGUGUCCUCGGCACAUGGACACAUGGAUGCCACGCUCAGGUCCAUUGAGCUCAGACAACCUUUCAAUGACAUUGGCACGCACUGGCUCUCUCAAGAUUACCGGAGGCCAAAUUUGAUCCCCCGAACGCCAUGGACCGGAAUGAGGUUUCACCCGGCUCUGGAGUUGUCGUGCAAAAGCCUGCCGUCGUGAGCGGUUGUGGCGCGCCGCCGUCUCAUUGCGCAAGCCGCUGCGACACCAGACUGUCCAACCAGUGCGGCCCGACCAAGCACGAAAUCACGGACGAGGCAGAGGACAGUGAAGAAGAGCCCAAGUAUCAGCAGUCUCGACUUAGGCGAGCCGGUGCCACCGGAGGAGGAGUAGGAGGUGUAGGAGGAGGAGUAGGGGGAGUAGGAGGAGGCACCAAUAAGAUGCAAAACUUCACGUCAGGAGGGGGAGCCGCGCUAAUGAGCUCCUCUAACGACGAGAUCUCGGCGGUCCAAGACACUUCAGAGCUCGAGCAAGUGGAAGUUGUCGCUCCCACGGACGCAUCCGCAGCAGUUAGGACGUUCGCGCCUGCGCGUCUGAGUGAUGCGGCGGUACGCGACGAUCCCGAACCAGGGAAAUCAUCUCCUCUUGCGCUCACGGUAGACGCCUGUAAUGUUCCAGGAGAAGGAGGAAGCAACGCCGCAGCUCCGGUUUCCGUUAUGAAGUGCAAUAAAAACGGCGAGUGCAGAAGAGACUCUGGCACUGGCAGCUUACGCUCCAUUAUGUCCAAGCAGGACAAGCAGGAUGCGAAUAAACGCGCGACGAGCUCCUCAACUUCAGGCACGGACGCGCCCGCUGCUCCCGCAGGCCCUGGAGAAGUCGCCGCCGCCGUCCCGGACAAGAAGGACUCCAAGGUGUCGUUUUCAAAUGCACCAAGUCGCAAAGCGUCCGCAUCCAUGCAGAGCCAGCAGCCUAGAAACUCAGUAACGUUCCUUAAGUCCGAGGAUGGCGGGCAGAUCGCAACUGAGGAUGCUGAGACCCGCGGGAGCCAAGCGAGCUUCAUGCAGAGGCAGUUCGGUAGUAUGCUGCAGCCGGGGGUCAACAAAUUCUCCUUACGAAUGUACGGCAGCCAGAAAGCAGUGGAAAAAGAGCAGGAGCGUGUCAAGUCAGCGGGAAAGUGGAUCAUUCACCCUUACAGCGACUUCAGGUUCUACUGGGAUUUUACAAUGCUCCUCUUCAUGGUGGGCAACCUGAUCAUCAUUCCAGUAGGCAUCACAUUCUUCAAGGAGGAGACCACCACGCCUUGGAUCCUCUUCAACGUAGUCUCUGACACCUUCUUCCUCAUGGACCUGGUGCUCAAUUUCCGCACUGGCAUCAUCAUUGAAGACAACUCUGACAUCAUCCUGGAUCCCAAGACUAUCAAGAAAAAGUACCUGAAGACAUGGUUUGUGGUGGACUUUGUCUCGUCCAUCCCCGUGGAUUACAUCUUUCUCAUUGUGGAACAGGGAAUAGACUCUGAGAUGUACAAGACAGCCAGGGCUCUGCGCAUCGUGCGCUUCACGAAGAUCCUCAGUUUGCUGAGGCUGCUCAGACUCUCCCGGCUCAUCCGCUACAUACACCAGUGGGAGGAGAUUUUCCACAUGACCUACGACCUGGCGAGUGCCGUGAUGCGCAUCUUCAACCUGAUCGCUAUGAUGCUGCUGCUGUGCCACUGGGACGGCUGUCUUCAGUUCCUCGUCCCCAUGCUGCAGGACUUCCCCUCGGACUGCUGGGUCUCGCUCAACAAAAUGGUGAACGACACCUGGAGUGAGCUGUACUCCUUUGCUGUAUUUAAAGCAAUGAGUCACAUGCUCUGUAUAGGUUAUGGCCGUCAGGCUCCAGAGAGUUUGUCCGAUAUAUGGCUCACGAUGCUCAGCAUGAUUGUAGGAGCCACCUGCUACGCCGUCUUCAUCGGCCACGCCACUGCUCUCAUCCAGUCGCUGGACUCGUCUCGUCGACAGUAUCAGGAGAAGUACAAGCAAGUGGAGCAGUACAUGUCGUUCCACAAACUUCCAGCAGACUUCCGGCAAAAAAUCCAUGACUAUUACGAGCACCGCUACCAGGGCAAGAUGUUCGAUGAGGAGAGCAUCCUGGAGGAGUUAAACGAACCACUCAGAGAGGAAAUCGUCAACUUUAACUGCCGUAAGCUGGUGGCCUCUAUGCCCCUGUUUGCCAAUGCCGAUCCCAACUUCGUCACAGCAAUGCUAACUAAGCUCCGCUUUGAGGUCUUCCAACCCAGGGAUUACAUCAUCCGCGAAGGCACCAUUGGCAAAAAGAUGUACUUCAUCCAACAUGGUGUAGUCAAUGUCAUUACCAAAGGAACGCUGGGAAUGAAGCUGUCUGAUGGCUCCUACUUUGGAGAAAUCUGUUUGUUAACACGAGGCCGUCGGACAGCGAGUGUUCAGGCGGAGACGUACUGCCGCCUUUACUCACUGUCUGUGGACAACUUCAAUGAAGUUCUGGAGGAGUACCCUAUGAUGAGAAGGGCUUUUGAGACCGUGGCCAUUGACAGACUUGAUCGUCUAGGUAAGAAAAACUCCAUCUUGAUGAACAAAGUGCAGCAUGACCUCAACUCUGGAGUCUUCAACAACACAGAGAAUGAAAUGAUCCAGGAGAUUGUGAAGUAUGACAGAGAAAUGGUCAAACUGGUGGACUUUCAGCGCCCACGUGCCAUGUCUAUGACAGCCGCAGUCCCUGGUGGCAUGUUUGCACCACCGUGCCAGUCGCAGGGUGCUUCAGCAAUCGCCACCCUACAGCAGGCCGUAGCCAUGAGCUUCUGUCCACAGAUGGCAAAUCCUCUGGUGGGCCCAGGAACUCUUCAAUCACCCCGCAUGGUCCGGCGCUUCCAGGUAAUCCAGAACCUUUCCAGCCCUGCAUCUGUCUCUCCCAUGCAGCCACAACCACCAGGCGCGUGUGCUUCUGCUGCCACAUCCAGUCCACCGGUGCAGAGCCCACUGGCACCAACGGGCUCAAGGACAUUCCAGUAUGGCUGCAGCCCCAUGGGUGGGCGUACAGGAUCUCAGCUGUCACUUGUCCAGCAGCAUGUGCCCAGUCCAACACGCAAAGGUGCUCACUCCCUGCAGCAUGCAGACAGCCUGAGCCAAGAUGCCCGCACGUUGUCCACUUCUCAACCUUCUUUGCCCCAGGAUGGAGUGACAGGUGUUGGUACCAGCCCACCACCCUCAGCCCACGUUUCCUCUUUGUCCAUUGGGCCACAGCAGGCCCCUCACCCUGCAAUACCUGGGCCCUCUGGAAUCAGAAGCGCUGUACCUCACAGAAUCGUACAUCCUCACCAGAUGUCACCCUCCACUCCACCUCCUGUUGGUGGCGCAGGGCCAAGCUAUCUUGAGCCAAUAGUGCACAAAAAAGAUUCUAUAGUUAGCCUCCCUGAGACAGACUCAACUAUCAGAUCCAGGCUGUCCUCAAACCUCUGACCAAACUCUGGUGUAUGUUGACAUGGUGGCACUAUUGUGUGUCCGAAGGUUUUCUGUACCCAAAGGAAGCAGAAUGUGUAUUGUGUAGGGGGAGAAAUCAGAUCCUUAACAGAUACAAAUGCCACCAUUUUAACUAGCAUGAACAAGUGGGAUUUUCCUAGCUCACCCAUUCAUGUAGUUACUCUUUCGUUCAGCUAUCAAUUUGCCCUCUGCUGUCUUUGUUAUGAAGAAGUAAGUGGAUAGAUGAAAAAAUCUGUAGUAUUCUGUAGAGUCCAUACAAUGCAAUCUGGCCUGAGCUAGGACUUAAAGAAAAUCAGGGACUUGUAUCACAUGACAAUGAUGAAAUUUUAAGCUUUGCAAAAGUGUUUUUGAGUGUUCUUUUGUUCUGUAUAAUUGUAGCAAAUAACUAGCUGUUCUUCAUAAUCUUGUAAAAUAUCAAUGAAAAUAGUAUUAUAGACCGCUGGGCGAUCUUAUAUUGAUAUGUAAAUAGAAUACAUUUUAAAAGAAAAAUGACACAAAAUAUCUUCAUUGUACCCACUCAAAAACCAAAGUUGAGCUUGGUUGAGUUUGCUCAUGUCUGUGUGAAAUAAGAAAAAAGAAUUUAAAAGAAGCGCCAUUUAUUUAACUGCCUUUAUUCCAAGUUUAGAAGCCAUAUAUGUG